AUGAAUGUUGCUACCGUGUGCGUUCUGCUGCUAGCAGUAGCGGUCGUCCAGAUUUACUGCAAGAAGUCGAAGCCGGUCUGCUACCACCCUGGAAUGACUUGCAAGAGCAAUGGAAAAGGUGGCGGUAGCUACUGGCUGCUGGCGGCGCAGGACUACCUACCCCCCGAAGUACUCUAUGGUACUGGUGGUCAUGGCAAUGGUGGUGGCUCCAGCUGGCUAGUGGCGAUGCAGGAGUCCAGGGACCGCGCCAAUGCUAAACUCGCAGCGGUGAAGGCGUUCAUGUGCGACUGCUGUUGUGCGUCGGUUCCGUGCUCUCAAGAGAGUCUCUGUGGAACCGAUCGCAAUUGUCCUGUUAAUGACUGUUUCGCGCAUAUACUAGCGAAAGCCGCAGCAGACGAUACGCCGAUAACCCCCAACUACCCCGCGGAGAUUUUGACGGCGUCGCUGUUCGCGGAGAAGGCGCUGCAGAAACAGGAGAGGGCGGAGCUCCAAGACUUGAUGGAGGACGUCGUUCAGAUGAGGGAUGACAACGCUUAGUCUUAGCAGUGGGAGCGGCUGAGUCUCAUGCAUGAACAUAAGUGUUUGUGACUUCAAAUAGUGAAUAGUUUAGUCGUUGUUGCAAUAGUGUGUCAACUGUUGUAGUAAUUCAGAAAUUAAUUUUAGCGGGGCGCGUAAGUGCGCAUGCACGAUGCGCGCGCCGGCCCGCCCGUAAGUGUCCUCGCCUCGCCUCCUAGUACCUGCAGUGGUGUGCAAACAAGCCCAAGUGCAAGGCCAGAGAAUCGACUUGCAGAACGGGGCGAGGAACCAGUCCACCUUACCACUAGAGGUGCCCACAACUGAGCAAGCUCAGUAAAGCAUAUCAGCAGCUAUUCUAGCAAGUCUACAGAAGACGAUGGAUUUCCGCACACUCAAAGCAGCUGCCUUUUGGGUGUUGGUGCUAUUAUUAUUAUUAUCCCUUACUUCGUCGGAUGUAGCUGCAAAUGAGCUCUGUGUUGUUCCCUUAGAAUCUUCUCCUUGUCCGUGCAACACUACACACUGCAAUACCUUUGAUUACUAUCUCAACAAUCCCGAUGAUUACUUUGUUUUCAAUACAACAUUCUUGUUCCUACCGGGAAAUCACACUGUAUAUAGUGUGUAUGACGGAGUUGGCGUGUCAGGGAUGAACUUUAAGGGAUGUAAUGCCACCUUGUUGAUUUUAUCUUAUGCUUUUACUGAUUCUUGGUUCUCACUACGAGAUAGUGCCUUUGUCUCUUUUUCUGGACUCACAAUAAGAACAAACUCCUCAUUUACUUUCCUAAUCUCCUUCAUUAAUGUUAGUAGUGUGGAGAUGACCAAUAUCGAGAUUGAAAGUAGCAACUGUAGUGAUACAUUAUAUUUCAGUGAUUCAGAAGGAUCUUUCCAUUUUACAAAGCCUAACAAUAUCAGUAAUAUAUUAUCACAUUCCAUGGCCCUACAUGGCAUGGUUUGAAAACAUUAGUGGACACAUUAAUAUUUCUGGCUCCAAAUUUAAUUACUUGGGACAACCGCUGGAUGUACAAGCAAUUGAGAUAGAAUCGAGUUCAACUGUAACAGUGAGCAUUGUGAUACUGAAAUCUAUAAGGCUCAGGUCUGGUUUGAUGUUUUUUAUGGUGAUAAUGUAUUUCUACUGGACAACGUGUUGAUAAAUGGUUCCUACAACAUAGGACUUGCCAUCUUUACGUAUUCUCCAAAAGCUCAAUAUCAUGUAACCAUCCUUAAUAGUAGAAUUGAAAGAGUAAAUGGAACUGCACUAAGUCUCGAACUUGGAAACAAUUCAUCUACUGUGGUGUUAAGGAAUUUAGAGCUAAAAUUGAACUACGGUUCAGAAGAAUUUGUAGCUGCAUUGGUAAUUGUAGGGGAGAAACCGAUAUCAAGUAAUGCAGUGAAGUUGAAUAAUAUCACAUUCGAGUGCAACGUUUACAAUGGCGGUGCUACGGCCUUUAUGGAUACAGUGGAGGCUUCUAUGACUAACUGUAGCUUCAGGAAUAACAUGGGCACUGCACUCUUCCUUGAGAAUACAAGACUAUCAUGUUCUGGCCGCAACAGAUUUUUUGGGAAUGUUGCAAAUGACGGAGCAGGUAUUUCGAUUGGUGAAGGAAGUAAACUCAAAGCAGAAAGCAAUGACACAAUGCUAACCUUUGUUAAUAACAUUGCAAAAAAUAAGGGUGGUGCUAUCUAUCUCAGAAUUGACCCAGGAAGUUAUAUUAGGCUUACUAUUGACGGUUCUGAUGCUUGGUGCUUUGUUACACACCAUUUACUAUCUAACAAGUUGUUUUUCUUCGAUAACAACACAGCAGAUAAUGGUGGGGAUAAUAUAUUUGG